GGGCUCCCUGUGUAAGGUACAGCGGGCCGGGGGAAAGGAUAACUCUGGAAACAGAGGCAGCAGCGGCAGCACCAGCAACACCCUUGCCACCGGGUAGUGGGUUCUCGGGAGCUGCGCUGUUGGAAAGAGUUUCGGACGCAUCCUGCGCCCAUAAAGCCAACGUGUUUGCCCCAGCUUCCCUUGAAGACAUUAAAAGUCAUAGAAGAUUUGAGAUCUGUGUCAGUGGAGUGAGCAUCUACACCAAGGAAAUCUCAGGUUGUUGGAAGUGUUCAGGUGGAAAUUAUCUGAUUCUACAUUGUCUUACUCUUUACACGGUGGUCUCAUGUUCUCCUGAAGAGUCAGUUCAGUGACCAGCUCCACGCAUACGGCUCCCACCGGUCAUUGUCUGUUUAGUGAUCUCCAGUCUCGCAUCUCCAAUCGCCCUCGUGGGAUAUGUCUAUCUGAAUGUCUCGCUGUUACCUGAUGCUGAGAUGAGGAAACUGAGGCUCGCCAAGUUAAAAGCACAUGGGGAAGCUGCCUUCCAGUCCAGAGCCUUUUAUUACAAGAAGGCCUUUGUUUCAAAAAACCUGAUGGUGACGUUGCCGCUGCUUGCUGCUCAGCAUGUUUAAGAUACCUGAUUACAAGAAAGAAACUUUGGACCUCUGUGUCAAGCGCAGUUGGCAUCACAGGGCUCGAUGGGCCUGGCUUCCACUGGAGCUGAAUGUUAUGAUGAAAACUCCCUCACGGAACAGCGGGAAGUGCAGAGCUUUUCUCCAGCUAUUUCAAGAUGACCAUUUAUCACCUCUGAUAAAUGUAUACUGACAAGUCUACAGGCCAUGAAAGAAAUAAAUUAAUAGUGACCAAAGCACAAGAAAACUACAUUCAAAGGAAGCAAGGGCCUCAAUUUUUGGUUUGAAAUGGUGAGGAGGCUGCUGAGGAGGAAACUUGGUCCUCGUCAGAUCAAACCCUUCUUUCUGUUACUCGUUUUCACCCUAAUCAUAUGCUUCUCCAUCUUAAGGAUUCAUGAAAAGUCAGACUUUUUAAAUCACAGACAUUUAGAGUUGACUAGUGAGAAUCCAGAUAGUGAUGUUAACUGUACCAAAGUUAUACUGGGUGACAAAGAAGAAAUACAAAAUGUGAAGCUUACCGCGCUGACAGUGAAAUUUAGACAUCGCCCUCGGUGGACAAAUGAUGACUACAUCAACAUGACCAAAGACUGUACCACUUUCGUUAAGACCCGCAAGUAUAUCAUGGAACCCCUUAGCAAAGAGGAGGCAGAAUUUCCCAUUGCAUAUUCAAUAGUGGUUUAUCACAAAAUUGAAAUGCUCGAUAGGCUCCUAAGAACCAUCUACACACCUCAGAAUUAUUAUUGCAUUCAUGUGGACAAAAAAUCUCCCGAAUCCUUUUUAGCAGCAGUGAAGGGCAUUGCAUCUUGUUUCAGUAAUGUCUUCAUUGCCAGCCAAUUGGAGAGGGUCGUGUAUGCAUCAUGGAGUAGGGUCCAAGCCGACCUCAACUGCAUGCAAGAUCUCUACAAACAGAGUUCAAAAUGGAAGUAUCUGAUAAAUCUGUGUGGUAUGGAUUUCCCGAUUAAAACCAAUCUGGAAAUGAUAAGGAAGCUAAAGUCUUUGAUGAAUGGAAACAGCUUAGAAACUGAGAAAAUGCCUUCCCAUAAAGAAGUAAGGUGGAAGAAGCAUUAUGAAGUCAUCGAUGGCAAGCUGAAAAACACAGGAAAAGAUAAGCCACUUCCUCCGAUUGAAACACCAAUUUUUUCAGGCAGUGCCUAUUUUGUUGUUAGUAGGAAGUACGUAGAGUAUGUCCUAACCAAUGGGAAGAUCCUGAAAUUCAUUGAGUGGGCUAAAGAUACAUACAGCCCAGAUGAAUAUUUGUGGGCCACAAUUCAAAGAAUCCCUGAAGUCCCAGGUGCACUUCCUUCUAGUAAUAAGUAUGAUAUUUCUGACAUGCAUGCAGUUGCUAGGUUUGUGAAGUGGCAAUACUUGGAAGGAGACAUUUUCAAGGGAGCUCCAUAUCCACCAUGUAGUGGGAUUCAUGUCCGUUCUGUAUGUGUAUUUGGGGCAGGAGACUUAAACUGGAUGCUACAACAGCCCCAUUUCUUUGCCAACAAAUUUGAUACUGAUGUUGACUCUUUUGCAGUCCAGUGUUUAGAGGAGCAUCUAAGACAUAAAGCUCUAUAUCCGAUGGAAUACUGAAUGUGUUUACUCUAAGAGAAAAGGGAAAAUAGCAAAGGUGUAUAGAAUAUCCUUUGUUUAAGAAAACAAACAAACAAACAUGGAGAAGGCAUAUUAUGAAUUGCCUUUCCUCCACUGGCUACUUGUUUUCUAUAGAAUGCAUUGUUAGAAAUACUUUGGAAUCAAACUAUGAGGUUGGAGUUAAAUAAAAUUUAUAUUUGGGGAAAGAAAGGAGGGAGUCAUGAUCUUUCCUAUUCGUAAGUAUAAUCUAAAAAUGAUCUCAUUUCUUUCAAAAACCUUUGAAUAAUGAAGUAAAUAUAUAUUUGUAUGUAUGUUUGCAUAUCUUUCCACAAUGACAAAUUAUUUUUAUAUGUGUUUGGGGUGAAGGGGAACAGAUUGUUGGGGGCGGGGUGAGGCUUUGGAGUAGAUAUAGAUGAAAGGAACAAAUUCAAAGAGCUCAGGGACCAAAAAUAAGAAAUUUUUUUCUAUAUGGAUUUCAGUGGUGUCAAAGCUAUCGAGAGAACUUUGGAGUAUGGAUGUUUUCUUGAAUUGAAUUAAACUUAAAAGCAACAGCCAAUCAUAAGGAUAUAAUUUAUCUUUAAACAAUAUUUUGUGUAUAUAUUGUGCUAUAAGUUUGUGAAACAAAGUUUGAUUUUGGUUGGAAAAAUUCUGUAUUGCACAGUGUCUUAUGUAUGUCUUCUCAGGGGACAAGUCAAGUGCCUGAAUUUCUGACAUAUAAUAUUUCAAGUUAAUUUCAACACUCAUUUUGAUUGUUUUCCAGAACAAAAAUUCCAGUUCCUUGUUCAUUUGAUACCAAUGAUCAUGUUUCUAAGAUUUUUUAAAUGUGUUACUCUGUCUCAAACAGUGAAAAAGUAAUGAAAAAAAUUGCCGCAUACACAUGCUGUAGUUCAGGGUUCUUAACUUGAUAUCUUUGAACAACAAAUAAUAUUUUGAUAACUGUAUUUCAAUAUAAUUGGUUUCCUUCAAAAUCCUGUGUAUUUUAUUUUAUGCAUUUAAAAGCAUGAUUCUGAGGGGAGGUCAUGAGACUUCGCCAGGCUGCCCACGGGGUCCAGGACACAAAAAAAUGGUGAAGUUUCUCUUCAUCUAGUGUCUUUGCAUGAGGAAAAACCUAUUUUUCAUAGAAAAUGAAAAUUGCUAGCCAGUGAUCAGGGAUACUGAAAAAUGCUAAUACAGGAAAGGCCAAGUAGGGGUUAGAAAGAAAAAAAUGUAGCAAAGGUACACAGUUUCUAAAGGUAGGUAAACAUGCUGCAAUGAAGAGCUUAAAAAUAAAGUAAAAAAAUGGGAAACAGUUUUCCUUGGGAGCAAAAUGAUAGUUGAACUAUAAAUAGUAAAUAAUUGUCCAUUUUGAACUGCCAAAUCAUAGUAUUACUACUACUAAUAAAUGACAUUUAUAUAACCGGUUAAAUUUUGAAAUGUGCAUUAUGUAAGUUGUUUCAUUUUAUCCCCACACUCUCUUUUUUCUUUUACAAAUGAGGAAACAGGCCCACAGAGAUUAGGUGAU